AUAUAUAUUUUUAAUUAUGAGAUAAAUAACACAUGUCUUAAUCUAAAAAUUUUAGUUGACACACAAUCAUAUUAAUUAACAAUUUGAAAUAACCAAACUUUAUAUAAUAAGAUAUCUUUUAGCAAAUAAGUUUUUCCUCAUUUAACCUAGUUUUCACCCACACCAGAAAGUUAUGGCCCCUAUGAACCUCCAAAUAGAACCACCGGAAAAGAAGAGGAAGAAUAUGACUUCACCACUACCACCACCACCACCACCGCCUUCAUGUCCAUCAUUUUCUUUAUUUCCAGACGAAAUCUUCGUGAACUGUUUAGCCAGGAUCUCGAGAAUGUACUACCCAACACUUUCGAUCAUUUCAAAAAGCUUCCGGUCACUCCUCUCUUCCACGGAGCUCUAUGCAGCUCGAUCUCACAUCGGAAGCACCGAGCAGUGUCUCUACGUCUGUCUCUCCGAUGAAAGUUACCAAUCUCCCCAAUGGUUUACCCUCUGCAUUAACCCUAAUCGAACCCUAACCGUCUCCACGAUCAAAAAGAAGAAAAAGAAGAAAACCGUAGGAAAAUCGUUGGCUGCAAUUCCUUCGUCGUCUAAUUUUCCUUCAGUAUCAGAAUCCACCUUAGUUGUUGGUUCAGAUAUUUAUGUCAUCGGCGGACCAAUCAAGACAGAACUAUCCAUGCCCAAAUGUACACGUCCGUCAUCAGCCGUAAGAAUCCUUGAUUGUCGUACUCACACAUGGCGUGAUGCCCCUAGCAUGAUCGUACCCAGGAACCAUGCUCUCACAUGUUUCUACGAUGGAAAAAUAUAUGUGAUGGGAGGAUGCGGAGAACUGGAAGAGCCAUGGGCUGAGGUGUUCGACACAAAUACACAAACUUGGGAACCUCUCUCGGACCCUGGUACUGAGAUACGUAAUAUAGGUAGCUGUACCUUUUACACAAUCAAAGAAAUAAAAGGAAAGAUUUUCUUUUGGAAUCCAAACCGAACAUAUGCUUAUGAUACAAGCCAAGAUAACUGGGAGAGUUAUGCGGGGUCGUGGGAGUCAACAACAUGUUUGAUCGAUGGUGGUGUAGAGUACUACUAUAUUCCCAAGUCAGCAUGUGAGAUUGAUGGUGUAUGGUAUUUUAUAAAUCAUGGUCCCUUCCACUUCUAUUUGUGGGCAAAGGAUGAGGCAGAUUGGGAAAUUAUCAAAGGGUUAUACUCAUUAAGACAGCUGUACAAAAGGAAUGGUGGCUCUAUUAGAAAUACAACUAAGUUAGUUAGCUGUGGUGGGAAGCUCUUACUUUUGUGGGAAGGGUAUAUGAAACAUAACCCCAAUAAUAGAAAGAAGAUUUGGUGCGCGGGAAUCACGUUGAAAACUGAUGAUGAAGGUGAGGUUUGGGGUAAUGUUGAGUGGAUUGAUAUUGUGCACAGCGUUCCGACACAGUGUGAGCUCUUGCAUUGUCUCGUUGUUACCGUUUGAUGGACUUGUAUCAGAGUUGGAGAAAAGAGAAGAAGAAGAAGCAAAUGGAGAGCAACAGGAGUUAAGGAGAAGAAUUAGGGGUUAAAAGUGACGCUUAUGCACAUACCUUUUAUCAUUUUGUCAAACUAGCUCGGCAACUUUGUUUUAUUUUGGAUAUAUUUAUCUAAGCCUUUCAUAAUACAUUAAAAAAACAAAAUAAAUAAUAAUAUGUAAAAUUAAUUU